CCCGCCCUCGCUCCCUCCCCUCCCCAGCACUGCCGCAUUCGCCGACUGCAGCUCCAGCCGCCGCCCGCGCCUCCCGGCCUUCCGCAGCCUCCGCGCCGCCAGCACCAUGGCCAGCACCCUGUCCGCCUACAAGGAGAAGAUGAAGGAGUUGUCAGUGCUGUCGCUCAUCUGCUCCUGUUUCUACUCACAGCCGCACCCCAACACCAUCUACCAGUAUGGGGACAUGGAGGUGAAGCAGCUGGACAAGAGGGCCUCUGGCCAGAGCUUCGAGGUCAUCCUCAAGUCCCCUUCUGACUUGUCCCCCGAGAGCCCAGUGCUCUCCUCUCCCCCCAAGAGGAAGGACACCUCCCUGGAGGAACUGCAGAAGCGGCUGGAGGCAGCUGAGGAGCGAAGGAAGACGCAGGAGGCGCAGGUGCUAAAGCAGCUGGCUGAGCGGCGCGAGCACGAGCGCGAGGUGCUGCACAAGGCGCUGGAGGAGAACAACAACUUCAGUCGCCUGGCGGAGGAAAAGCUCAACUACAAGAUGGAGCUUAGCAAGGAGAUCCGCCAGGCGCACCUGGCGGCGCUGCGCGAGCGGCUGCGCGAGAAGGAGCUGCACGCAGCUGAGGUGCGCAGGAACAAGGAGCAGCGAGAGGAGAUGUCCGGCUAAGGGGCUGCGGAGCAGAGGCGCCUGGAUCCUGAGAGGAGACAUCAACACAUGCGGGUUCUGGUUUCGUCUUGUGCCACUUUGUCUAGAUGCAACUUUUGCUCCUGCCCCUUCCCUUCCCCGCACUCCCAGCUCCCGCUUCUCUUUCCGCUCUCAACCGUCCAGUCCUCUGCAGGCUCCCCGUCCAGGAGCCGCCAGGGCCUGGCACACAGUCCCUCACUUCAGGCACCAGGCCAGGCAGUGGCUGGGUCCCCUGUUGGUGGCCCUCUCAGCAGAUGUGGUGACAACCUCAAUAAAUCCAGUGGUGGUAGCAGGAACAUGUGGGUCCUUAUACUGGCUCGUCCUGUGAGCACCUUGUACUUAGGGCACGUCCUCUGAGCCAGCUCCCUGCCGCUGACAGGCAAAGGUGACACCACCUGCAAGGCCUUCAGUGGGGGGGGGGGGAGGAAGGAAGAACGACCUCUGGGCCAUGUGUGGCCAGGUCAGCCAUGGUGCCAUCUGUGCAGUGGAAUGCUUUGGAAUGGGUGGGUAGGGGUCCUGAGACCACCUGGCCUGCAGUGGGCAACUUGGGGGGGAGGGUGGGACGUGGCCUGGCCUGAGUCUUCAGGGGAGUGGGCAUUCUGCCAUGGUCUACAGGGUCGUGGGCUGCACGGACACCUCUUGCUGGCCCCUCCUCCCAGGAGUGCCCGCCUCCUAAGAACGUCUGGCCUGGUACCCAUGUGGGGGAAGCCCUCCUCCAUCAUCACUCCUUUCCUCCCCCUAGGCUUUACAGACCCUUGGAGGACCCCAUCUGGCCCGGUACCCAUGUGGGGAAGCCCUCCUCCAUCAUUAGGCUUUACAGGCCCUUGGAGGACCCCAUCUUUAGAGCCCUUGGGAGCCUUGGCCCCUUCCUGUGCCCUCACCCUGGUAGAAUGAUGCUCCCAUGAUACUCCGGGCCAUGGGGCUUUCAGGCUAACCUCUGGACAAGUGUGGCUAGGUGUGAGUGAGUGGCAGCCACAAGUGCCCCUCAGGGAGCAGACGGCAGGGCGAGUAGGAGACCAGCUGCCUGCAGAUUCAGAUGUUGGGGGAUGGGAUUCCCAAACCACCUUCCUACCUAGUCCAUCCUUGACUUUCUUGACCUGUACCCCCCCGCCCCGGCUCCAGGCCUCUCCUGCCAAGACCUUCCUGGACUGGGCUCCUUCUCCUCCUCCAGAUUCCCAGCACUGGCCUUUGAGGACUGUCAGAGGCUGGCCAUGGGGGGUGUUCAGUCUUUGGGCCUUGGCAGCCCCAUCCCGCAGCCGAGUACUGAGGGCAGGGUCCCUGCUGACCAUCCUCUGGGUGGAAAGCAUGAGGGGACAGACUGCAAGUUCUAGCAGGACCCAAACCAGGUGGGUGGCAGCCCCCUGGGGCCCCUGGCUUCCAUCCUACAGAAAUCUAUGCCAGUGCACUCCCAGGGCCCAGCCAGAGAGCACAGGUGGAUGCUGAUCCCCUACCACAGGCUUGGGGGGAAGGAGGGCCCCAUGCCCACCCUCCCCACACAGCCUCCGGGGGAGUGACAAGCCAGGAUUGGAACCCAGCUGUCCCCCACGCCACUCCUGUGGGACUCAGAAAGGGACACGGAAAGAGAAGGAGGGCUGGAUUUCCUUCAGCAGCGGCCGCUCUCUCAUAGUGGAAGCCUAGUGUGAUAUGUACCCAUCUCAUCCACGUAGUGAAAGUGAACUUAAAAUUAAAUCAAAUGAAUGAUUAAAGACAAAA